AAUGUGUCCAAUUGCGAAGCAAAAGAAGUUCCAUACUCCGACACUGAACUUUUAAUUUAGGNCUUAAUUCAACUUGCAAACCAUGGACAGAGAAGAGGUGCAACGCCUUAUAGAAAGAAAUGUGGAAAAUCUGAGGAACGAUGUGGGAAACGAUAUGGAAAAUCUGAGGAACGAUAUAGGAAAUCUGAGGAACGAUGUGGGAAGUCUGARGAACGAUGUAGGAAACGAUAUGGAAAAUCUGAGGAACGAUGUGGGAAAUUCGUUUCAAGCYCAGAAUAAGAGGCUAUCCGAAGUCAUCAAUGAGUUGCAUGAAAUUUCAGAUCCKCUAUAUUCAGGUCAGCUAASCGGGAAUUUGAUGGAAGAGAUAAACCGGGAUGUAGUAGAAACCUACUUCAAGAAAAAAGACGGAAGUGAAAGAACAGAUUACAAUCAACCACAUCUAGAAGACAUUGAUGACAAGAUAAAAAAGUAUGAACCUAAAGAUAAACAAAAGCGUGCUAAAAAGAAAUGGGCAAGGAUUAAACGAAAACUAAAUAAAGCCGAAGUUCMAAUUCCAUUCUUAGAAGAUACGCUGGAUGAGAGGAAUAGGCUAGCUCAUCCUAAUCCAUUGAAGAAAGCAAAACUAGAUGAGGUCACAGAAAGGCUAUCAAGUGAAAAAAAAGAUAAAUUCAAAAAUGUUAUCGCCUUUGCCGACAAAAAUUACCCAAGUGCUUAUUUUAGCCGCCGUCCACAUCGAUCCAGAUAUGGACGUAGAAUAAGGGCACCUKGAUAUUCUCAGGCUAGGUAAAACUGUUGUUUUUUUUUCGCCUAAGUUCUAGUAAUUUAAUAGUAUCCUACUUAGUUGAGGUAUUUAAAUUGGAACUCUAUCGUCACUGGUUGGGGGAGGAAGUUCUUUCACCGAUCAAUAUAACCAAUUAUAUUGAUAUUAAUGAUAAAUAAAUUGAAUAAAUUGAAGAAAAAGGCACGCAACU